CACCGAGUCUCCUGGCACUGCUAGGGAAGGGGACUGGCUCUCUGUGGCUCUCUGUCCAAUGCUCUGUUUGCCUUCUGCGCUCGCGCACACUCCCUCCCUACCUCUUUACCUCAUCCUCCUUUACUCUCCCUGGUGUGCGCUCUCUCUCUCUCUCUCUUUAUCUUCCUUCGUCUCUCUCUCUCUUUCUCUCUCUCUCUCCCUCCCUCUCUCCCUCUCUCCUCUUGCUCAUCAUCAUUCCGUCUGUUUCUCUCAGUCGGUCUCAGAGCACUGCUUCGAGUAAUUUAGCCUGGAGCAAUUGAUCGAUCAAAUCAGGGGUGAAUUGUUUUUUUUUUAGUUUUUGUUUUUUAGUUGUCAAUUUUCUCUGCUUUGUGUUUAACCAUCGGGAGCAUCCUCCCCUCCCCUGCGAACAGAGAUGCUGGCAGAGCACCGGGAGAGCAGCAGGGCUGGCUUUGGCCUGAGGAAGCAGCUCAAGAUGAACAUGGUGAAGAGGAUCAUGGGCCGUCCGCGGCAGGAGGAGUGCAGCCCGCAGGACAAUGCGCUCGGCCUCAUGCACCUGCGCCGCCUCUUCUCCGAGCUCUGCCACCCGCCGCGUCACAUGACCCAGAAGGAGCAGGAGGAGAAGCUCUACAUGAUGCUGCCCGUCUUCAACAGGGUGUUUGGGAACGCUCCCCCGAGCUCCAUGAACGAGAAGUUCUCCGACCUGCUCCAGUUCACCACGCAGGUGUCCCGCCUCAUGGUGACCGAGAUCCGGCGCCGGGCAUCCAACAAGUCCACAGAGGCUGCCAGCCGUGCCAUAGUGCAGUUUCUGGAGGUGAAUCAGAGUGAGGAGACGAGCCGUGGCUGGAUGCUCCUGACCACCAUCAACCUGCUGGCCUCAUCCGGACAGAAAACGGUGGACUGCAUGACCACCAUGUCGGUGCCCUCCACGUUGGUAAAGUGUCUGUACCUGUUCUUCGACCUGCCGCACACGCCCGAGGUGCCGGCCGCCACACAGACAGAACUGCCGCUGGCUGAGCGCCGCGCCCUCCUACAGAAGGUCUUCGUACAGAUCCUGGUGAAGUUGUGUAACUACGUGUCCCCGGCGGAGGAGCUGGCCCAGAAGGACGACCUGCAGCUGCUCUUCAGUGCCAUCACGUCCUGGUGCCCGCCACACAACCUGCCCUGGAGGGCCAGCGCCGGCGAGGUGCUCACCACCAUCUCCAGACACGGCCUCAGCGUCAACGUGGUCAAAUAUAUACACGAGAAAGAGUGUCUCUCCACGUGCAUUCAGAACAUGCAGCAGUCAGACGACCUGUCGCCGCUGGAGAUCGUGGAGAUGUUCGCCGGGCUCUCGUGCUUCCUGAAGGACUCCAGCGACGUGUCCCAGACACUCCUGGACGACUUCCGCAUGUGCCAGGGCUACAACUUCCUGUGUGACCUCAUGCUCAGGCUGGAGCAGGCCAAAGAGGACGAGUCCAAAGAUGCGCUGAAGGACCUGGUGAAUCUGGUGACCUCGCUGACCACAUAUGGCGUGACGGAGCUGAAACCGGCCGGCCUCACCACCGGCGCCCCCUUCCUGCUGCCUGGCUUCGUGGUCCCACAGCCCUCGGGGAAAGGCCAGACGGUGCGUAACAUCCAAGCCUUCUGCGUGCUCCAGAACGCCUUCCUGAAGGCGCGUACGGGCCGGCUGGCUCGCGUCCUCCUGGAGGCCAUCGGCAACGUCUACGGGUCCGACCGCGCCAACUACUUCAUCCUGGAGGCCCAGCACACGCUCUCGCAGCUGGCCGACAAGGUGGCGCGCAUGCCCGACGCGCACGCCAAGUACUUUGAGCUGCUGGAGUUUGUGGUGUUCGGCCUGAACUACGUGCCGUGGGAGCUGUUCAGCGUGAGCGUCCUGCUGAAGGCCAGCGGUGCCGGGCCAUGUGCCCUGAUUGCCACUCGCUCGCUGCUCAAGCUGGCGCGCCACCACCCGGUCUUCAGCGACGUCUUCCGCGAGGUGGGCCUGCUGGAGGUGCUGGUCAACCUGCUGCACAAGUACGCGGCGCUGAUGAAGGACCCGGCCGCCCAGCACCACCUCCAGCAGCAGAACCACAACAGCCAGCCUAACAACAGCCUGCCGCCGCCCAACGAGCAGGGUGACUGUAAGAACAACGUGUCUGAAGACCAGAAGCAGUUGGCUUGGCUGGUGAUGGAGACACUCACAGUCCUACUGCAGAACUCCAAUACUAACGCAGGGCUGUUCCGUGAGUUUGGCGGGGCGCGCUGCGUGCACAACAUCGUGAAGUACAGACAAUGCCGCGAGCAGGCACUCAUGAUCAUCCAGCAGCUGGUGCUGUCGCCCAGCGGAGACGACGACAUGGGCACUCUGCUGGGGCUCAUGCACUCGGCGCCCGCCACCGAGCUGCAGCUCAAAACAGACAUAUUGAGGGUGAGACGCGCAUUCUUUUUGAACUAUUCGCCCUGCGUCGUCCCUGCAGAGAGGGAGAGCCACCGCCUGUGUGCCGUCUUCCGCAAGGUGGGCGGCUUCGUGUACGUCACCUCGCUGCUGGUGGCCAUGGAGCGCUCGCUGUGCUCGCCACCGCAGAGCGGCUGGGAGCGCGCCAACCAGAACCAGGUGUUCGAGCUGCUGCACGCUGUCUUCUGCACACUGACCGCCGCCAUGCGCUACGAGCCGGCCAACUCGCACUACUUCCGCACCGAGAUCCAGUACGAGAAGCUGGCCGACGCCGUGCGCCUGCUCGGCUGCUUCUCCGACGCCAAGAAGGUGGGUCCGGUGACAGCGCGGCCUUCCAACGCCCAGCCGUUCCAACGGAUGCUGGAGGAGGAGCAGCAGGCUAGCGGGGCGGGCGGUCAGCAGCUGCUCCCUGCGCAGACGCAGGCAGACGGCGUGAGCCCCACGCUCAGGCACUGCGGCAAGCUCUUUAUCUACCUGUACAAGAUGGCCACCGACUCCUUCGACAGUCGUGCGGAGCAGGUGCCCCCCUGCCUGACACACGAGACCUCCCUGCCCUCCCCCUGGGGCACACCAGCGCUCACCAGGAAGAGACAAGGCUACCAUGGCUCCUCCUCCAACAACGCCCCGGCUAAAGUGGCGGUCGACCUGAAACUCCACCUGGGCAACUCCUCCUCCCUGCACUCGGCCGACCCCGUGGUCAUCCAUCCCGGCGCCGCCCUCGCCAUGCUGGACCUGCUGGCCUCCGUCAGCUCCGACACGCAGCCCGAGCAUGCUCUGGACCUGCAGCUGGCGGUGGCCAACCUGCUGCAGCUGCUGGUGCACUCGGAGCGGAACCAGCAGGUGCUGUGUGAGGCGGGCCUGCACUCCCGCCUGCUGCAGCGCUGCAGCUGCGCCCUGGCCGACGAGGACCACCCGCUGCACCCGCCCCUGCAGAGGAUGUUCGAGCGCCUCGCCUCGCAGGCCCUGCAGCCCAUGGUGCUCAGGGAGUUUCUGCGGCUGGGCAACCCUCUAAACUGCGGCGCCUGGGACAAGAAGCUGCUCAAGCAGUACCGCGUGCACAAGCCUAGCUCACUCAGCUACGAGGCCGAGAUGAGAAGUAGCAUGACCAUGUCGAUGGAGGGCUUCGGGCCAGACAGCGUGUUUGCAGUGACUACCGAGGACAACAGCCAAUACCGCAUCAGCCGUAGCCUGGUGCGCUCGUCUGAGGACAGCACGGUGCCCCUGACGCGCGUCAAGUGCCUGGUCUCCAUGACGACGCCACACGACAUCCGGCUGCAUGGCUCUGCGGUCACGCCCGCCUUUGUGGAGUUUGACACCUCGUUGGAGGGCUUCGGCUGUCUGUUCCUGCCAAGCUUGGCCCCACAUAACGCCCCCUCCAACAACGCCAACACAUCUGGAGUCAGUGAUGGAGCCGUGCUCAGUGGCAUGGGAACGGGUGAACGUCUGUUCCCCCCUCCGUCUGGCCUGAGCUACUCGUGCUGGUUCUGUAUCGAGCGCUUCAGCACACCGCCGCAGAACCACCCGGUGCGCCUGCUGACCAUGGUGCGGCGGGCCAGCUCAUCCGAGCAGCACUACGUGUGCCUGGCCGUGGUGUUGUCCGCCAAGGACCGAUCGCUCAUGGUCUCCACCAAAGAGGAGCUGCUGCAGAACUACGUGGAUGACUUCAGCGAGGAGUCGUCCUUCUAUGAGAUCCUGCCGUGCUGCGCACGGUUCCGCUGUGGCGAUCUGAUCAGUGAGGGCCAGUGGCACCACCUGGUGCUGGUCAUGAGCAGGGGCAUGCUCAAGAACAGCAUGGCCACACUCUACAUCGACGGGCAGAUGGUCAGCACCGUUAAGCUCCACUACGUGCACAGUGCGCCGGGCGGCUCGGGGUCGACCAAUCCGCCGGUGGUGAGCGCGGUGUACAGCUACGUGGGCACACCCCCGGCGCAGCGGCAGGUCUCCACGCUGGUGUGGCGACUGGGCCCUACACACUUCCUGGAGGAUGUGCUGCCCGCCGCCAGCGUGGCCGCCAUCUACGAACUGGGGCCCAACUACGCCGGAACCUUCCAGGCUGUCUACCUGCCCUGUAAAGACUCCAAGGUGGAGGCGUCCCCACCCUGUCCAGUGGCUCUGGUGCCCGAGGAGAAGGUGUCGUUUAGCCUGUACGCCUUUUCUGUGCUGGCUCUCACCGUGGCCAAGAUCAGGAAGGUCUACAACAAGCUGGACAGCAAGGCCAUCGCCAAGCAGCUAGCGGUAUCCUCUCACGAGAACGCCACACCGGUGAAACUCAUCAACAACUCAGCGGGCCACCUCAACGGCCCCGCCCGCAGCAUAGGAGCCGCUGUGAUUGGCUACCUGGGAGUGCGUGCAUUUGAGCCUAAGCCCGUCGCCACCAACCUGCAGUACAUCGGUGGUGCGGCGGCCAUCUUGGGACUCGUCGCCAUGGCAUCAGACGUGGAAGGGCUGUACGCCGCAGUCAAGGCGCUGGUGUGCGUUGUCAAGAGCAACCCCUUGGCCAGUAAAGAGAUGGAGCGCAUCAAAGGCUACCAGUUGCUGGCCAUGCUGCUGAAGAAGAAGCGCUCUCUGCUGAACAGCCACAUCCUCCACUUGACCUUCUCCUUGGUGGGCACGGUGGACAGCGGUCACGAGACCUCCAUCAUCCCCAACUCCACCGCCUUCCAGGACCUGCUGUGCGACUUCGAGGUGUGGCUGCACGCUCCGUACGAGCUCCACCUGUCUCUGUUUGAGCAUUUCAUCGAGCUGCUGACUGAGUCCAGUGAGGCGGCGAAGAAUGCAAAGCUGCUGCGUGAGUUCCAGCUGAUCCCCAAGCUGCUGCUGACGCUGCGGGACACGUCGCUGUCCCAGCCCACAAUCACCGCCAUCAGCAGCGUGCUCAGCCUGCUGCUACAGGGCUUUCCAAACUCCUAUGACCUGCUCAGAUUCGGACAGUUCAUCUCGUCCACCCUGCCCACAUUCGCCGUGUGUGAGAAGUUUGUCGUCAUGGAAAUCAGUGAGGAGAAAGUAGAUGGAGGGAACGAGGAUGACUUUGGUGGUCUGCUGUCGGCCAAUGUGAUUCUGCUGAGGAACCGGCUGCUGGAUAUCCUGCUCAAGCUGCUCUUCACGUCCAAGGAGAAAUGCACCGUCAACGCGCAGGCGUGUGAGGAGCUGGUGCGGACGCUGGGCUUCGACUGGCUGCUCAUGUUCAUGGAGGAGCACCUGCACUCCAGCUCGGUGACGGCCGCCCUCUGGAUCCUGGUGGUGCUGCUUAGCAACCAGCCCAUCCUGAGCCGCUUCAAGGAGGGCCUGUCCGGAGGAGGCUGGCUGGACCACACCGACUCUGUGCUGACCAACAAGAUCGGGACUGUCCUGGGUUUUAACGUGGGCCGCAGUGCGGGCGGCCGCUCCACGCUGCGUGAGAUCAACCGUGACGCUUGCCACUUCCCCUGCUUCCCAGUCAUGCAGGCGCUGCUGCCCAAGCACACCAACGUGCCCGAGCUCUACUUCCUGCUCAUGGCCCUCUUCCUGCAGCAGCCCGUCAGCGAGCUGCCCGAGAGCCUGCAGGUACAUUUUGACCUGGACUCCAUCUGGUCGUUCAUCUUCGGCGUGCCGGCGUCCAGUGCCACGGUGGUCAACUCCAUCCACAGCGUGUGCACCGAGGCAGCCUUCCUUCUGCUGGCCAUGCUGCGCAGCAUGCUUAACCUGCCGUGGCAGUCUGAAGAGGAGGGCUCGUGGCUAAGGGAGUAUCCCGUCACCCUCAUGCAGUUCUUCCGCUACCUGUACCACAACGUGCCCGACCUGAGCCCCAUGUGGCACAGCCCGGAGUUCCUGUGUGCCCUCGCCGCCACCGUCUUCCCCUUCAACAUCCGGCCCUACUCUGAGAUGGUCACUGACCUUGAUGAUGAGGCAGGUUCUCCCACUGAAGAGUUCAAGGCCUUCGCGGCCGACUCCGGCAUGAACCGCAGCCAGUCGGAGUAUUGCAACGUAGGCGCCAAGACCUACCUGACCAAUCACCCGGCCAAGAAGUAUGUGUUUGACUUCAUGCGUGUGCUCAUCAUGGACAACCUUUGCCUGAGCCCAGCCAGCAAGCAGACUCCCAUCAUCGACCUGCUGCUGGAGGCCUCUCCAGAGCGCUCCACCAGGGCUCAGCAGAAGGAGUUCCAGUCCUACAUCCUGGACAGCGUCAUGGAGCACCUCCUGGCCGCUGACGUGCUUCUGGGAGAGGAUGCCUCGAUGCCCAUCACCACCGGGGGCAACUACCAGACACUGGUCAACAACGUCUUCUACUUCACCCAGCGUGUGGUGGACAAGCUCUGGCAGGGCAUGUUCAGCAAGGAGUCCAAGCUGGUGGUGGAGUUCAUCGUGCAGCUCAUCAGCCAGUCCAAGCGGCGUUCGCAGGGCUUAUCCCUGGACUCCAUCUACCACUGCCUGAACCGCACGGUGCUGUACCAGCUGUCGCGUCCGCACAAGACCGUGCCGCAGCAGGUGGCCCUGCUGGACUCUCUCCGUGUGCUCACCGUCAACCGCAACCUGGUGCUGGGGCCCGGGAACCAUGACCAGGAGUUUGUGGCCUGCCUGGCACACUGCUUCAUGAACCUGCACACCGGGAGCAGCGUCGAGGGAUUCGGUCUUGAAGCCGAAGCGAGGAUGACCACCUGGCAUGUCAUGGUUCCGUCGGAAAACGAGCCCGACCCUGUCCACAGCCAGGACCCCAGCGAAGUCCAUGAGAAGAAGUGCAUCAGUCGAGGGGAGGCGUUGGCUCCAGCGACCCAGUCAAAGCUGUCUCGUGUCAGCAGUGGCUUUGGCCUGUCCAAGCUGACCGGAGCCCGCCGCAACAAGAAGGAGAACAGCCUCAAUAAGAACAACCUCUCUGCACAGCAAAUUUCUUCCUGGAUAUUGCAGAACAUCCUGCUCAUUGUCUCUUUCUACCGUUCUCUCUCUCCACAGAGGCAACAGAAUGCUCUGAAGUACGUGACUGACGAGUGGGCCGGCAUUGAGUACGAGUUGUUACGGGAACGUGGCCUUUGGGGGCCCCCCAUUGGCUCGAUCCUGGACAAGUUCCAGCUGGACAUGACGGAGGGCCCGUGCCGCAUGAGGAAGAAGAUGGUGCGCAACGACCUCUUCUACAUCCAUUACCCCUACGUACCCGAACAGGAGCCCACGUCCAGCAACCACCAGGCCCUGUGUCCCGUGCCCUUAAUGGGAGCUGGCUUCUCCGCCCCUCUCCAGAAGCCGGUGCGGUACCGACGGGCCAUCAGCUACGACAGCAAGGAGUACUACAUGCGCCUGCUGUCGGGCAACCCGGGCAUGUACCAGCACUCUGUGGACCACAGCACCGAGGGAGAGACCACACUGCACGAGCCCGAGCACGGAGAGGACACCAUCGCCAGGGUCAAAGGCUCCACUGGGCCUCCAGCUCCACGGCCGGACGGCGGCCCGAGGGAGAGUCAGGAGGGCCUGCAGGAGCAGCUGCUGGAGUCAGGAGCAGAGGAGGAGCAGAAGACCGACAACACCACACUACUGCGCCUCCUGGAGGAGGGAGAGAAGAUCCAGCACAUGUACCGAUGUGCGCGCGUCCAAGGCCUGGACACCAGCGAAGGCCUGCUGCUCUUUGGCAAGGAGCACUUCUACGUCAUCGACGGCUUCACAAUGACCGUCACCCGCGAGAUCCGCGACAUUGAGACGCUCCCGCCCAACUUGCAUGAGCCAAUCAUUCCCAGAGGAGCACGUCAGAGCCAAAGUAUGCUAAAGAGGACCUGCAGCAUUUUCGCCUACGAGGACAUCAAGGAGGUGCACAAGCGCCGCUACCUGCUGCAGCCAAUGGCAGUCGAGGUGUUCUCUGGUGACGGACGAAAUUACCUGCUGGCGUUCCAGAAAGGAGUACGCAAUAAAGUCUACCAGAGGUUCUUGGCAGUCGUGCCCUCCCUCGCUGACAGCUCUGAAUCUGUGUCCGGUCAGAGGCCCAACACCAGCGUGGAGCAGGGCUCGGGACUCCUCAGUACCCUGGUGGGAGAGAGAUCCGUCACCCAGAGAUGGGAGCGAGGAGAGAUCAGUAAUUUCCAGUACCUGAUGCAUCUCAACACUCUGGCUGGGCGCUCCUACAAUGACCUGAUGCAGUACCCAGUCUUCCCCUGGAUCCUGGCUGAAUAUGAUGCUGAGGAGCUGGACCUGACCAACCCAAAGACAUUCCGCAAUCUAUCCAAGCCCAUGGGCGCCCAGACAGACGACCGGCUCAUCCAGUACAAGAAGAGGUUCAAGGACUGGGAAGAUCCCAAUGGUGAGACUCCUGCCUAUCACUAUGGCACUCACUACUCCUCAGCCAUGAUCGUGGCGUCCUACCUGGUGAGGAUGGAACCCUUCACCCAGAUCUUCCUGCGCUUACAGGGAGGUCAUUUUGAUCUGGCUGACCGGAUGUUCCACAGCGUGAGGGAAGCCUGGCUGUCUGCCUCCAAACACAACAUGGCCGACGUCAAAGAGCUCAUCCCUGAGUUCUUCUACCUCCCAGAGUUUAUGCUCAACUCCAAUAACUUUGACCUAGGCAGCAAACAGAAUGGCACUAGGCUGGGAGACGUGAUUCUGCCUGCCUGGGCUAAAGGAGACCCGCGCGAGUUCAUCCGCGUGCACAGACAGGCCCUGGAGUGUGACUAUGUGAGUGCCCACCUGCAUGAGUGGAUUGACCUGAUCUUUGGCUACAAGCAGCAGGGGCCUCCGGCCGUGGAGGCGGUGAACGUGUUCCACCACCUCUUCUACGAGGGCCAGGUGGACAUCUACAACAUCAACGACCCGCUUAAGGAGACCGCCACCAUCGGCUUCAUCAACAACUUUGGUCAGAUCCCCAAACAGCUUUUUAAGAAGCCCCACCCUCCCAAGCGAGUGCGUGGCCGUGCCAAUGGUGAACCAGCAAGUGUGCCAGCUUCUCUCAGUGCUAACACUGACAAGAUCUUCUUCCAUCACCUAGACAACCUGCGGCCCUCCCUGGCCCCAGUCAAAGAGCUGAAGGACCCUGUGGGGCAAAUCGUGUGCACUGAUAAGGGCAUCCUGGCGGUGGAGCAGAAUAAGGUCCUGGCCCCGCCCGUCUGGAACAAGACGUUCGCCUGGGGCUACGCAGACCUCAGCUGUCGCCUGGCCAACUACGAGUCCGACAAGGCGGUGAUUGUGUAUGAGUGUUUGUCGGAGUGGGGCAAGAUCCUGUGUGCCAUCUGCCCCGACCCCAAGCUGGUCAUCACCGGAGGGACCAGCACGGCCAUCUGUGUGUGGGAGACCGGCACAUCCAAAGAGAGAGCCAAGACCCUGGCCCUCAAACAGGCUCUGUUGGGCCACACCGACGCGGUGACCUGCCUGACGGCGUCCUCGGCAUACCACAUUGUGGUCAGCGGCUCUCGGGAUCGCACCUGCAUCAUCUGGGACCUCAACAAGCUGGCCUUCAUCACCCAACUCAGAGGCCACCGCGCGCCCGUGUCUGCCCUCUGCAUCAACGAGCUCACUGGUGAUAUUGUGUCAUGUGCGGGCACCUACAUCCACGUGUGGAGCAUUAAUGGCAGCCCCAUCGCCAGCACCAACACCUUCACCGGACGCAGCCAGCAGAUCCUGUGCUGCUGCGUCUCCGAGAUGAACGAGUGGGACACACAGAACGUCAUCGUCACCGGACACUCCGACGGCGUUGUCAGGUUUUGGAGGAUGGAGUUCCUACAAGUCCCAGAAACCCCUGCUCCAGAGCCGGUGGAGCCUCCCGAAGUGAACGACUGCUGUGGAGAGGAGAAGAUGGCCACAGAGGGCCGUGAGACCCAGGUGGAGGAGAGCAGCGAGUCCGAGGGCGAGGAACAGAGCAUCAGCGCUGCCGGCAGCAACGGCGAGCCCAAGCCCAGUCCCGCCCACAACAACCACGCCGCUCCCGCCCCUGCCCCCAACACCCGGCCCCAACGGCCCGCACCCCGGGCCACGGCCUCCUGGUCAAUGGACAGCAGCUCGGAGGACUCGCGCCGCUGGUCCGACACGCUCAGCAUCGACGAGAAGGACGGCUUUGUCUUCGUCAACUACUCCGAGGGCCAGGGGCAGGGGCAAGGCAGGCCAGGGCAGCCCCCACACCCCCCACACCCCAACCCCCAUCCCCACCCCCACCACCACCCCGGUCAGAGCGCCGUGCCACAGCCCCUGCAGCCCAGCACCAUGGAGGCCCGGCCCUACAACAAGCUCAGGCCAGGCUACAGAUGGGAGCGACAGCUGGUGUUCCGGAGCAAGCUCACUAUGCACACCGCCUUCGACCGCAAGGACAAUGCCCACCCGGCGGAGAUCACUGCGCUCGCCAUCUCAAAGGACCACAGCAAGAUCCUGGUGGGUGACGGGCGCGGGCGCGUCUUCAGCUGGUCGGUGAGCGAGCAGCCAGGCCGCUCGGCCGCCGACCACUGGGUGAAGGACGAGCAGGUGGACAGCUGCUCCGGCUGCACCGUCCGCUUCUCCCUCACCGAGAGACGCCACCACUGCAGAAACUGCGGACAGCUCUUCUGCCAGAAGUGCAGCCGCUUCCAGUCAGAGAUCAAGCGGCUGAAGAUCUCGUCCCCGGUGCGUGUGUGCCAGAACUGUUACUACAACCUGCAACACGAGCGCAACUCCGAGGACGGCUGCAAGAACUAGACGUCCCCUCGGCUGCCUCCUCUUCCACGUCUCCCCGCCUCUUCCUCAUCCUUUCUCUUGUCACGCCCCAUCACCCGUCACUCAUGGCCAACUAUCCCCUCGUCCAGGACCUGCCAGCCAGCACGCUCUGGCCUGCCCCCCCCUUAUCUGUGUGUGUGUGUGUGUGUGAGACCAUGUGGACAGUACCAAUGUAGAACAAGAGGGGAUUAGUGACAUUCAGCGUGUCAUGUAUAUGAGGAAGUUUAAGAAAGGCAGUGAUUGGGCUUUGUGGGCUUUUUUUUUUUUUGUAUUAUUAUCUGAUUCUGUUGCGGUCAACGAGAUGUCCUUUAAGAAUCCUUGUUUUUCCAUGUGGUCACGUUUUAGAUUUUAGAUGUCCUGUGCGGUAUGCCUCGCAAAGUGAGAAACACCUGUUAAUAGUGUAAAUAAUUACAAUGGCCUUUUUAACUAGAACAGGAAAAACUGAGAAAAAAAUGAAUUAUUGAAAGGAAAUAAAAACACAGUCAUUGCCUGUAACAUUGCAUUAUAACAAGCCACUCCUGGUGUUAAAACAAAUACAAAAAAAAAAAAACACAAAACAAAAAAAGAUUGUGUUUUAGCCAGUGUCACUAGUCACAGAGGUCCCAGUGGGGAUAAUAUUGGGGACGAUGAAUGUUAUAAAUGUUUGUGGGUUGACAUUACUAGCGUGUCUAGUUAUGCAAAUACUUACUUCUUUUGUUUACAAAGUUUUUUGUUUAUUUCGAUGUGUUGCCCACAGUAUCACACAGUUGCCAUUCCAAUGGAAAUCGCAGUCACAAGUUUCCGAACUUCAUUUGCCAAACUGCUGGUUCAUCACUCCGUGUCAUGUAUUUGAAAGGUCUAUUUGUAGAACCAUGUUUUUCAGAACCACAUUUUGUUGUCCUUGUGCGCCACUUUUAGUUCCCAAGCCAUUAAUCAACAGUGACUGAAUAAUAUAUGUAUGUAUGUAUGUUCUGUAUGUAUGUAUUUUUUAAGAAUCAUUGUUUGUAUGUUGUAUAUCAUAGCAUACCUGAUAUUGUCAAGACGCUACAUGUGUGACACUGUGCAGUGAGAUGAAUAUCAUGUGUCUGUAACAAUACACAAAGAGGGAAAAGGAUCGUUGAUCAUGUGUAUGUAGAGUAUGAGAUGUGAUUUUGUUUGUUUGUUUUUUCUUGGGUCCUCUGAAUGUUUCAUUAUAUUUCACCAGACAACUGGGUAGAAUAGGUCAGAGCUUUGCUUCUAGGCUAACAAGGGAUUUUUACAUGGAAGAUUGUUUUUGUUAAUUUCUCCUCUAAUUAAUUUAGAACUGGAUUUUUUUAAUCACAGUCAACAUUGCUCAGUGUUAUACUUUCUUCCCCCAUUUCCCUUUCUGUUCAGUGAUGCCAGGGACUAGUGGGUCCUUGUCAGAGACCAAGUCCAGUGCAACAACAAGUCAUUGAACCCCAGUGUAGAUACUGCUGUCCAGUCAUGUAAGCAAUAGAUUAUGUGGAAUUAUUUCUGAAAAUAUUGCAUGAUGGGAAAUUUCCUUGCUUAGAAGUCACACUUGUAGCAUGUAACUUGACUGAUAUGUCAUGGCAUUAGAAAAGGGAUCUCACGCAUUUCACUUUAGUGUCUCGUCAUGGUUACAUACGAGACAUAACGUUGUCAAUUAAAUCUAUUUUUUCCUGUUGCCUGCCUGUCGAUAUGUCAAAUUCUCCUCCCUCCCUCAAUAGAGUGUCCUUUGUUGGUGGUACUGUGGGCAAUACCAAACAGAAGUGCUGCUUUAAUAACUAGAAAGAUUCUUUCUUUCUUUUUUUUCCUUUUUCUUUAUGUCCCUCUUGACACGUCUGACACACACAUCACUUUAAUGAGCUGUUACACAAGUGCAGUAGGUUCACUGUCAAUACACAGAAAACGUUCACCCUAAGAUCUGCCAUAUGAUAUGCACUCAUUGUUAUUAUCAUCAUUGCUAUGAUCGUUAUUAUUCAAAUAGGUAAUGACGAUAUCCUUACACAUUAAUGUACUGUAUCUAGAGUGCAAUCAUAAAUAACAUCGAGCUGUUAAGGCUUGCUGUUUGCAAGCAGCUUCAAAGCCAGGUGGCUAUAUCAAUCUGAACUGUUUUUGCACCUUCACGUGUACAAAAAUGUCAAGGAAAUCAUAUUUUAUUGAAUGCAUUUCUUUUUUUUAUGUUAGCGGGCUAUCAUUUUAAAGGGUGCGUUUCUUUCCAGUGAGAGACAAACUGUACAGAGUAUUUAUGCAAUUAUACUUUUUCUCUUUUUUUAAAUUGUUAUUCUGAAUUAUGAAUUCUUGUAAUUUCAGCAAGUUUGGUUACUUGUUGCAUGUCUAACACAGCUGACUUUAUGUGUCAGUGCAUUGUACAUGUUUGGCAUUACGAAUUAUGAUUUCAUGUUUUUAGUUUUCUCCUUUUGUUUUCCUGUGGCUCAUAUUACUGGCAUUAUCUAAGUAGUUCUGCACCCAGAGAGAGAUGUGUAUGUGCAACUGCAUAAAGAACCGAGAUGGAAGAGCCUUGUCUCUCAGCAGACUUUUGUACUCCGCUUGGGGACUUACAAGACCGGAUCAAAUCCACAUAGGGGGUUCUUUUUUCAUUUUCGGUGGUCUCGUGUUAGACUGCAUUACUACGGUGUCUAGUGUGCAAUCUGUGGUAGAUGAAUGUUCAUUGUAUAUUUGUGUUCAAGUACAGCUGCAAGAAAAUUCUUAGAAAUAACCCCUAAAACAUGUUACUGAUAAUGCAAUAGAUCUGGUACUCAUUUUUUAUUUUCUUUUUUUUUAUUUAAUUUUUGAUUAAAUCCUUGCUGUUUUCCACCGAAA